AUGGGUUCUAUCUCAAAUAUACCAGUGGAUCUUGGGAAUGCCUCCUCGACAGCCACCACUCGGCUUACUGCGCUGCAGACGGGACUGUUCGCAGCAUCUAUUUCGCAACCGGGGACCUGGGUUGGCUCACACGUGUUUCCCCUUCCACUGGACAUUGACCUUGCACGCUUCAAGUCCGCAUGGAGCACCGUCGUGGAUCAAAAUGAGAUCCUGCGGUCACGCAUCAUAUGGGACCAGGGGCAGGCUGAAGUACCAGGCUCAGCAGCGGGAGAAAUGCGCCUGGUUGUUCUCGAUGAAGAAGAGAUCGACUGGGAGGAGAGAUUGAUGGAAGGGGAUGGUGCAUUGGCUGUGGUGACGAAAGAAUUGAGGACACGUGAUAUGGGUUUCGGGGAGAAAUUGAGCGCAUACACAAUCUUGAGAAUACGGGAUGGUCCACUCUUGUUCAUCUGGACAAUGCAUCAUGCCCUCUACGACAAUUCACAUCUACUCCUCCUGGAUGAUGUUAUCCGGUUGUACCACGGGCACCAGAAAAGCCUUUCUGAACGCCCGUCCUUUACCAAGGUCUUCCUCAAAAAGGCGAAGACUGAGGCAGACCGUGCCGCCGCGGCUGCAUUUUGGACCAGUGAGCUGAGUGGGUGCGAAGACGCUGCCAUUUUCCCAUCCGUUUCGGGAUUGCCCGCGGCCCAACCACAGACUCGCAUAGAAACGCCCUACACAUUCCCCGCACCAAAGCGCAGUAUAGUCGCGGACGCGACCAACUCCAUCCUGAUCCAGGCCGCGUGGGCGGCUGUCGUUGCGAAACAUACGGCAACGAAGCAUGUCGUAUUUGGGUGUACGGUCUCAGGGCGGUAUGAUCCUGAGACAAAGGAUGUGGUGGGGCCAACGUUUGCGACUGUGCCGGUAAGGGUGAGGCUCGACGACGAAGACAGGGAAACGCUGUUGCAAAGCCUCGAACACCUCCAAGCGUCGGCGGCAAAUGCUAGAGUCUACGAGCAAGUCGGCCUGCAGUUCAUCCAGGAUCUCAAUCCCUCAACAAAAAGAGCCGCAUCGUUUCAGAACUUACUGGUUAUCCAGCCCAAGAAUCAUCCUACACCUGCUCCUGUGGUCAAGAAAACAACAUUUCCCCGUGAUCCAUCAAGCAACGGUAAACUUGAGUUUGUCAAGACGCAUCUGGACCUCACGCAAACCUACGGUCUUGUCAUGGAAGUCACGCCGUCUUCUUCCGGCCAGUGGCUCCUCGUCGCCAAGUACGACGACAGGCUUUUCUCGGCCCAGGAGGUAAAGAGAAUAUGUUGCCACUUCUCAAAAGCUAUCCAGGAGGUCUUCCGGGAGGAGAACAGGGAUUUGAGGCUCAGAGAAAUUGAUAUGGUCACGGAUAUGGACCUUGAGAUAAUAAAAGGCUUGGCUUCUGAACCCCGAGUUAUCCACAGCGCGCAAGACAAUGAGAGCCAGCUCCUCCUCCAUCAAGAGUUCGAGCGACAGGCCAGGCUCCACCCGAGCUCGAUGGCGAUUGAUGCUUGGGACCUAUCUCUUACAUAUGCGCAACUGGAUGCUCAUUCCACAGACCUGGCCGAAUAUCUGCGCUCUUGCCAACAGACGGCGGGCCCUCAGGUCAACCAAGCGUCCCACGUCAUUCCCAUUUGUUUCUCAAAGUCGGCAUACGCCGUGGUAGCCAUGCUUGGCAUCCUGAAAUCAGGAAGUGCAUACCUUCCCAUCGACGCUGGGUGGCCUGACGAGAGGAUUGCAGCUAUUCUAUCAUGUCUGCAGAGCAAGCACAGAAAUACACUGGGCCUUGUUUUGUGUGAUAGUGAGCAAGAGGCCAAGUUUAGGCGGCGAGGGCUACUGAGGAAAAGCCCCCCGACUACAGUUCUCACCGUUGACAACGGUCUUCUGCGGCACCUUCGUCCAUCGACCCAUCAACAAUCAGCAGGUCUCCAAACGCGUACCUCACAUUCACCCCAAACCUCACCCUCUAGCCUGGCAUACGUUAUCUUCACGUCUGGUUCGACCGGCUCCCCAAAAGGGAUUGCAAUGUCCCACAAGGCUUGCACCACCAACUUUCGCCAUCGCCUGUCUCGUCUGCAGUCCUUUAGCCGCACAACCAGGGUAUUGCAGUUCUCCUCAUUCGCCUUUGACGUCUCCAUCUUCGACAUAUUCGGCACCCUCUCAGCCGGCGGCUGCGUCGUCAUCCCCCAUGAGACAUUCCGCGUCAACCCCUCGCGGCUCUCGCAGUUUAUGACCGAGAAGCGAGUAAACUGGGCCUCCUUGCCGCCCACGUUCGCUGAGCUCCUCAGCCCUCACGAGGCCCCCACAUUGGAAACCCUGAUUCUGGGUGGCGAGCUGCUCACCAGAGAAGUCAUCGCGAGGUGGAAGACCCUUGGGCCGUCCCGGGUCGUCAGGCUUGGGAACGAGCUUGGCCCCUCAGAGACCUGCGUCGCAUGUGCGGGCAAUUACGAUGUGGCCUUGGAAACGGAUCCACGGGAUCUGGGACGCCCUGUUGGUGGAAACAAGAUGUUCCUAGUCGACAUGGACGACAGCAGCAGACUAGUGCCAGUCGGGUGUGUCGGGGAGCUGGUCGUCUACGGAGACAGUGUCAUGAGUGAGUAUCUUGACGAUCCAGUGAAGACUGAUGAAGCCUUCACGGAGCUGCCUGAUGUGUGCACUGUAUGGCUUCAAGAUGAGCCGCGAAAAAAGGCCUUCAAAACGGGAGACUUGUUCUGGUUGAAUGCAGAAGGUCGACUAAUGUUCGUCGGGCGCAAAGACCGACAGCUAAAAUGGAGGGGUUUCAGGCUGGAGGCCGAGGAGGUAGAGAGCUGUAUCAAGCUCGCCGAUGGGGUCAAUGGCGCUGUUGUCGACUUGACUGCCGUACGUGCUGCAGGCCGGGAUGUCGAGAACGCCCAGCACACCGGUCAAGAACUGAUAGCUUUCUUCACCUUUGAAGACACGCAAUCAUCCACAGCCAGAGGGAACGGCCCCAAAUUUUCCACCGCACAGGCCAGGAUUGUUGACCCUUCAAGCAGUACACAAAUCCCCCUGCUGGUUCGGCGGACCAAAGCUCUUGUCAAGGAAAGGCUUCCACACUACAUGGCUCCUACGCUCUACGUUCCCAUCACGCAUAUACCGACGACCAGUUCAGGCAAGCAGGAUCGAAACCAGCUCCUAAGCCUUGUGGAAAUCGCUCCUCUCCAAAUAAUUCAGGAGAUACAGCGAGCAUCCCGCUUCGACUCCAGCUCAGCAGAGAUGCCGAAUGGCCAGCAUGUCCAGGACCAGACCCCUUUGAGUCCGACGGAACGCGCACUCAAGACCGCAUGGACCAGAAUCCUGGGGCUCGUAAUCGACGACGGAAUCGGGCACACUUCAAACUUUUUCCGCCUCGGCGGGAACAGCAUCAAAGCCAUCCAGCUCAGUUCACUGGCUUCCAAGAUGGGACUGGCGAAUCUUACCGUCGCGAGCAUCCACGAGUUCCCAACCUUGCGAGGCAUGGCGGCGGCGUGCUCAAACGGCACGCAAACAGAUCAUACCAAUGAGCGCAAACCUACUGCUGAGCAAGAUGUUAACGUCCUGACGAAGCAGCGGAUAUGUGCUGCGUUGAGGAUCCGCCCAGUUGACGUCGGGGACAUCUACCCCUGCACACCCUUGCAGCAAGGGCUGUUGGCCGCCUCCAUCCGGCAACCUGGAACCUACGUUGCCAGUAGAAUGUGGCGUCUGAGCGGCUAUGUCAAUUUGCAAGCAUUCAGGGAAGCUUGGAACGUUGCCAUCAAGUCAAACGAGAUUCUCCGCACAAGCAUUGCGGAAGACGAUGGCAGGUUCUGGCAGGUCUCUAUCGCGCAAAUCCGCGAGGAUGGAACACGACAGGUAGUUGAAGAGAGGGAGAUCAGAGGGUUGGAACCCGCUGAAGAGAACAGGGAGAGUGUCCGCAGACUCGGCCUUGAUGAGAACCAAAGCGGCCGCAGGCUGUCAUUCGUCGAGAUUCUGAACGACCAGACCACCGGCCAAAAGUACUUCAAAUGGACGAUUCAUCAUGCUGUUUAUGAUGCCUGGGUCCUCUCCAUGGUAUGGUCGCAGGUCAAGCACUUCUAUGAGUUGAUCAUCACGGGUCAUACCCCAGGCCUUCAAAUCCCGCCCCAUCUCACAUUCGGCGACUUCGUCAGGAAGACGUAUCCAGCCAAUAUCCCGACGCCUACAGCGCGUUUCUGGCAGGACUAUCUCUCCGCCUCAGAGCCCUGGCCGGCCUUCCCUACCGCUCCAAUAUCGAACAGCUCGGUGGCACAGACAGACAGUGUCACCUCCACACACAUCGACCUGAGUCUUGUCAGCAUACCAGGCGUCACGGAGGCGUCUCUGAUCCGGGCAGCCUGGGCAUGGGUACAGUCCCUCCACCUCGGCGUGGACGACGUAGUCUUCGGGGUCACGCUCUCCGGCCGGACCGCACCCGGGGCCAGCACCGUCGUCGGGCCCACCAUCACAACCGUCCCAGUCCGCGUCGCCGUGUCCCAGAGCAUGCGGAUAACAGACUUCCUGUCCCGCGUGCAGCAGGAGGCGAACGCGAUGGUGAGAUACGAGCACACCGGCCUGCCCACGAUCAGGGACCUGGGCGAGUCCGCCAGCUGGGCCUGUGGCUUCCGCAACCUCCUGGUGGUCCAGGACAACCGCGGCCAGCCGGCCUUUGCGUGGGACGGUGUGGAGGCCGUCAGCGCCGAUACCGACAUCCGGCACCCGGUGCCGCUCGUCUUGGAGUGUGACCUCGAGGACUCGGGCCUGACCAUGCACGCUAUCUUCGACUCGAAGUUCAUCAGCAGGGGUGAGGUGGAGUUCCUGCUCGCGCACCUGGGCAGGGCCGUGGAGUCGCUCUCGCAGCAGGCAUUGGCUCAGCCGUCUUCGCCCGGUGAACGGGUCCUAGGCGAUAUCGACUUCUUGUCCAAGAUGGACGAGGCCUGGAUAACGGACUGGAACCAGGAGGCGAAGCCGUCGGCGGACCGGCUCAUCCACGAGGUUUUCAGCGAGCGGGCGAGGCAGUGUGGGGCUAAUAGCGCUGUCGAUGCGUGGGACGUACAUUUCACCUACCAGGAACUCGAUGAUGCGAGCGACGCGGUCGCGGUGUACCUCAUUCAGCAAGGACUGGCCAAACCCGGAGAUCUCAUUGCCCUGUGCUUCGAUAAAUCAGGCUGGGCUGUUUUGGCCAUGUUGUCCGUCUGGAAAGCGGGAUGUGGGUUUGUCCCGCUUGAUCUGAAUCACCCAAGAUCAAGGUCAGAGGAGAUCAUCAGCGCCACGCGGGCAAAGGUGGCCCUGUGCUCAACGUCUCGACUGGAGCAGUCGAAAGGCCUGCUACCCAGUGUCGUGCUGGCUCUGGACCACGACUCGCUGGCGAAGAUGAGGCUUUCCAACGAAAAGGCCGGAAACGGCGGGCGCCUACCCUCGGCACAGCUUUCACGGCCUGUUACACCUCGUGACAUCUGUUACGUCUUGUUCACGUCGGGCAGCACCGGCCGUCCUAAGGGGGUUGUACUGGAACACGCUUCAGUGUGCACUUCCCUCCUCGGCCAUGCGGCCCCCAUGAACGUCGACUCGGAAUCUCGGGUGCUACAAUUUGCAGCGUACACCUUUGAUACUUCUAUCGGCGAGAUAUUUACCGCUCUCCUCGUGGGGGCCACAUUGUGUGUGCCGUCUGACGUUCAGCGGAUGAAUUCCCUGGCCGAGUUUAUCAAUGAUAAAUAUGUGUCUUUCAUCUGGCUCACGCCGACUGUCGCAGGCUUCCUUGACCCGCAGACAGUGCCCGGAGUGAAAGCCAUGGUUAUUGGCGGCGAGCCAGGCAGCGCUGCGCUUUUCGAGGCGUGGAUUGCGAAUGGGACCUCGAUUGUCUAUGGAUAUGGCCCCACAGAGACUUCUAUCACGGUCACGUUGGAUCUCAGUGUCACGGCGAAGACUGAUCCGGCAAAGAUUGGCUGGCCGAUUUGUGCAAGCACCUGGGUUGUUGAUCCCGACCAACACUCGAGGCUCUUGCCAGUAGGCUGCGUCGGGGAGUUGGUAGUAAGCGGGCCGACUGUGGGGCGAGGCUAUCUCGAUGAGCUCAGGACCUCCUUUGCCUUUGGGGAGAUCCCGGAUGCGUGGGAGAACCUGGCACACCGUGGAAAUUCCGAGUCCUCCGGGCAGCGAGAGCGAUUCUACAAGACUGGGGAUCUUGUCCGGUACGAUGUUACUGGCAACAUUGUCUUUGUUGGGAGGAAGGACGACCAAGUCAAAGUCCGCGGCCAGAGGAUCGAACUUUCUGAAAUCACGGAUCGCAUCAACCAGAUCCUCGGUGAGCGGUGUUCCAGCUUCGUCGAGAAAACUGAAAUCAGUAACCCUGAGCUGGCCGGAGACGCGGAGACCCGCCUUGUCGCCUUCUUCACUCUUCCACCGCUCGAAGGAGACCAAGGCGACGAGGAAGGCCGGGAACACUGGGACAUAUUUUGUCAUCCAUCACCAGCUACCAUUGAAAUCAUCACAGACAUCGAAACAAAGCUUCGAGCCCAGUUGCCUUCCUACAUGGUACCCUCUCUAUGGGUGCCGCUUCGGUCCAUCCCCCUCACCACAUCCGGCAAGAUCGAUCGCAACAAGGUGAAGACGGGACUGUUGCAAGUCAUCGACAAAUUCGGCUGCGGAGCUUUCAUGCCCGAGAGCAACCAGCCCAAGGCAGAACCGCGGGAAGAGCUGGAGAGGCAGCUCCGGGAUAUGUGGAGCGCAGUUUUGGGGCUUCGUGCCGACCAGAUAGGGAUCCACGACAGUUUCUUGCGCCUCGGCGGCGACUCGCUGAAAGCCAUUGUCCUGGCCCGCGCGGCCCGCAGAGCCGGCUACCAUCUCAGUGUUGCGGAUAUCUUCCUGCGCCCGGUCCUUUCGGAGAUGGCUGACCUCAUGCGGGACUCGAUGACUUCUUCGACAUCUGUUGAGCAGGGAGAGAGGGUGUCCCAGAAUAUCGACGAUAUCCCCCUAUUCAGCAUGCUUGCCGGAGACAUCGAAGCCAUCAAGAAAAAUGCUUCAGCCCAAUGUGGGAUAACAUUGGACGACAUUGAAGACAUCUACCCCUGCACAGCAAUGCAGAUCGGCAUGGUCGUAGCGUCCUCUCUGAGUGAUGGCGACGAAGGCGGCGAGCCAGCCAGCCUCUAUCUUCUUCGCAGACAUAUCGUUUUCGAGUCAGCGGCUGCGUGCGAUACCUUCUCCGCCGCCUGGGCGGCCGUGAGAAGCAGGAAACCGAUUCUGCGAACGUGCGUCAUUCAGCACCAGUCAACAUUCUACCAAGUGGUCGUCAAAGACGACGCCGACUUAUCAUGCCAGCCACCAGGCCCAGAGACUGGGAUUUACCGCAGACUACUAGCAGACUUUCGAACUGUGACCGCCAAUGAAUGCGAAAUUUCCCUGCAUCAUGCAGUUUACGACGCUGUUCUCCUCCCGCACCUGCUCCAAGAGAUCCGCCAUGAGUACCUCCGACUCAACUCCGGCCCCACGGCUCCUCUGGUACAAUCCUCGAGCACGGUUCCCUUCCGAAACUUCAUCCACUACCUCGAAAACUAUGAUGAAAAGGCUGCAUACUCCUUCUGGUCAGAAUAUCUUCCAUCGUCGGGUGACAGAGACAAGAUAGCCCAAGAGACCUUCCCACCCACACCCCAGCAAUCGCCCCUUUCCGACCAACAGCCGACCGGUGCAGCAACAGUGGAGUUUGUUCGACACUUCACCGGCGGUCCUGCCAUCGAGAGCAAGACGUAUUUUGGAACUACACUGGCAAACAUCAUCAACGCGGCCUGGGCCGCGGUCGUCGCCCGGCACACCGGCGCAGAGGAUUUGGUGCUGGGCAACACCCUGUCGGGGCGAGACGUGGUCCUCGAGAACAGUCCUAACGGCGCCCUCAUCGAUGGACCGACCCUUACAACAGUGCCUGUGAGGUUCCAAGUGGGCCGUGACAAGCCAGUCUCGGAACUUCUCCGCGAGGCACAGCGCGACGCCGCGCAGAUCCGCAAGCACCAGCACUUGGGCAUGGCGAAGAUUGCAAAGGCUGGGAAUUGCAAGUUCGGAACGCUGCUGGUCGUCCAGACGCUGACUGAAGACAUUGCCACCGACAGCGACGAUGUUCUCGCACCUCUGGAGAACCUCCCCGGACUUCGCGGGUUCCAUGGUGGAGGGAGCAGUGUACCACAGGAAUAUCCUCUGGUCUUGGAAUGUCUGGUGAACAAGACGCACUUGACUGGCGUUCGGGCUUACUAUGACGAACGAGCAAUCCAAGGUUUCAACGUCGCACACCUCCUGGCUCACUUAGAACGCUCUAUCCGAACACUGAUAGCACCGAGUAAGCAGAACCUCAAAUUGGGCGAUAUUGAUCUUGUGACGAAUACCGAUGUUUCGCAAUUGACGGCGUGGAACUCGAAGCCGCACGAGAAAUCCCAGACAACACUGCUGGACCUCUUUUUGGACAGGGUGGGGUCACAGCCCGGGCACGAUGCUAUCUAUUCGACGGGACUCUCGCUCUCCUAUGAGGAACUCGACCGGUACUCCAGCCUCGCUGCAUGUAAUAUCGCCGAGCGCCUUGGAGCUCCUCGCGAGGACCGCCAGACACCAUUCGUCAUUGCUGUUUGCUAUGAGAAGAGCGUCUGUGCUAUCGUCAGCAUCUUGGCAGUCAUGAAACUUGGAGCCGCCUAUGUACCGCUUGACCCGUCCAGCCCACACAGCCGUCUGGAGAUGAUCCUCGACGACGUGAAGCCCUCUGCUAUCGUCUGCUCGCCGAGACAGGCACAAAGGUUCUCGGGCAAAUUAUCCCACCCCAACAUCAUUCUAGUCGGCAGUGAUAUCCACGAACAGGCCCGCGUUGGAGGUGCCGAGAGCACGGUCAGCCGGAGCUACCCAGUCACGCCAGAGUCCCUCGCGUACAUUUUCUUCACGUCCGGGUCCACCGGGCGUCCCAAGGGGGUCAUGGUCCCCCACAGCGCCAUCUGCACGAGUAUCCUCGCCUUCUCGCCGGUCGUCAGGCUGUCGCAGGACAGCCGCGUGCUGCAGUUCUCGUCGUUCUGCUUCGACGCCAGCGUCGGCGAGAUCUUUGCCACGCUGAGCGCAGGGGGUUGCGUCUGCCUGCCCGACGACGAGGAGCGGCUCGCCGAUGUCUCGGGGUUCAUGAACGAGGCCAGGGUCAACUGGGCCUUCCUGACCCCCGUCACGCUCCGCGUCAUCACCCCGGACGACGUACCGCUGCUCCGGGUGCUCGUCGUCGGCGGGGAGCCGCUGCCGCCGUCGCUGUUCAAGACGUGGGCCGCGCGCCCAGACAGGCUGCAGCUGAUGGAGGCGUAUGGCCCGACUGAGUGUUGUGUGUUUUCCACGAUGAAUACGACCGUCACCCCAGACACCCACCCUCAGGACAUGGGGUUUGCCCUUGGCGGCGCGACUUGGGUUGUCGACUCUGCUGACUACCACCGGCUCGCCCCUGUCGGCUGUGUGGGGGAGCUCGUCAUAUCGGGAAACACCGUCGCUGCGGGAUACCACAACCUGCCAGCCCACAGCGCGUCUGGCUUCCUGGAUGAGAGUCCGGGAUGGGCAGAGUUGUUCCCAGAACACGCAGCGGGACGCAUGUACCGCACUGGUGACCUCGUCCGCUUCAACCACGACGGCAGCAUUCGCUACGUCGCAAGGAAGGACAACCAAGUCAACCUGCGAGGCAUGCGGAUAGAGCUUGGCGAGAUCGAGUACCACCUGGCACGCUCGGCAGCUGGUAGCAAGGCGGCACCCAUCGUCGUGAUUGCCAACACGCCAAAUCACGGUGAAGAAACCAAAGAGAAGGCAUUCCUGGCCUGCUUCUUCGUGGUGGAGCUAGCGGGCAAGAUUGCGCCGGAACCUCUACGGAUGACGAAGCAGCGCAGGGAGGUAGUGCAGUCCAUCGUGUCGUAUAUGCAGGACAAGGUACCGAGUCACAUGAUUCCGACCGUGUUCAUUCCGCUCCCCGGGUUCCCGGAGAACACCUCUGGAAAGGUGGAGCGACGGGUCCUGGUGGAGGACAUACUGGGCGGAUUCGACGAAGACGACUUCAAGCACUACAGCGUUUCUGUCACGACGCAGGCACCGGAUACUGCGCGCAAAAUGACUCCCAACGAACAGAAACUGCGACAGGUCUGGUCGCAGCUACUUGGGGUCGAUUCCGGCAUUAUCAAGCCUGACGACAGCUUUUUGAGGCUGGGCGGCGAUUCUGUCGACGUGAUCCGGAUGGUCACUACGCUCCGCCAAGAAGGCUGGCAUCUCAGCCCUGUGGAGACACUCGCGGACCCGAGGUUGUCAUCGGUUGCUUCUAAGAUAAAAUUGGUUACCAAGCACGCGGCGACGGCCGGUCUUGCGAGGACCACACCCUUCUCGUUGUUGCGGCGUCUACCCGGCACAGUCGAUGUAGAGAGACUGACAGCUGCUGCGGAAACGCAGUGCUCGGUGCCGCGGGGCAUGAUCGAGGACAUAUACCCGUGUACCGCUCUCCAAGAGGGCCUGCUGACGAUUAGCGAGAAGGUCCCGGGGUCAUAUUUCUACCGCCAAGCCUGGUCUCUUGACGAGGGUGUCGAUGUUGACCGCCUCCUCGCGGCAUAUCGCGGCUUGUGCAAGGCUCAUCCCAUCCUGCGCACUAGAAUUAUUCGCGGCGACGACGACCGCGCAUACCAGGUGGUUCUACGGGAAGAUUUUAAGAUCGUUUCUGGGUCAAGUGACGCAGAGGACGCACCGUGUCGAAAACAUGGCAGCUUGGUUGGCAAACCACUUCACUGGGUGUCGAUCACCCUCUCGGGACCGACCGUGGCUUCCAAAUAUUUGAAGCAAUUCGUGAGAACCAUUCACCAUGCACUCUAUGACGCAUGGUCCUUGGUCAACCUUGAGACAGAGCUAAAUGAGAGAUACAUGGCAGCGGAAGCAUUUGUGCCGCCCAAGACGACAGAUUAUACGCAGUUCAUCAGGUACAUCACAGAAGACAGCUCGGCACUUCCGGACGAGUACUGGAAACAGCAUCUGGAUGGUGCAAGGAGAACUCUAUGGCCAGCGGUGCCCCACGGGCUCGAACCCCAGACAAACAUCUGUGUUACAAAAACGUUUCAGCUGGAAUGGAGCAAGUCUCGAACCAGCAUCCAGAAUUAUACCAAGGCGUCAGUGGCGCAUCUGGCCUGGGCCCUGUUGCUGGGCAAGCACUCAAACGAGACGGAUGUCACGUUCGGCCUCACCCUCAGCGGCCGUGAUGCGCCCGUCGAGGGCAUCGAACGGAUGACUGGCCCUACAAAUCUGACCGUUCCAAUUCGGUACCGGCUAUCCGACAGCAAUGGCCGUGCGCCCAGUAUCGCGGAGAUGCUCGAAUCGGUUCAGAACCAGACGAGAGAAAAGAACAGAUUCCAGCACCACGGCAUGAAGAACAUCGCGCGCGUGAGCCCCGAUGCCCGCGCCGCCUGCGACUUCAGGAGCCUCCUUGUGAUCCAGCCUGCACGGCAGCUGCAGCAAUGGGCGGAGUCAAGGAACAAGAUACUCAAGGAAGUUCUCGACGACGGCCCGGCCCUGGUGCAUCCCUACGCUAUCAUCGUGGAACUUUGCUUCCAGAGCCACAGCGAUGGUGUGGGAGUAUGGGUUCACUACGAUGAUCGCCUCCUGAGUGGGCCGCAGGUCGACCUCAUUGUCCGUCAGCUUCACCGAACCUUGGAGGCGUUGGUGUCCAGCGAGCCAUCCACGAGCAUCGACGCUCUGGACCUCACCGACGAGAUGAGCCUUGGUCAAAUGAAGCGGUUCCACGAAGACACGUGCAACAGUCCUGCAGAGACCAGUAUCGUCUCCUUGGUCAGCCACCAGCUGACGUUGAACGCGACUGCACUAGCGAUCUCUGCAUGGGACGGUGAGAUGACAUAUGCAGACUUGGACAUCCUAUCGUCCGGACUCGCCACAUAUUUGAGAGACACGCUGAGAUUGAAACCCGAAAGUACAACUGCUAUAUGCCUCGAGAAGUCUGUGUGGGCUGUUGUCGCCAUGCUCGCCAUCAUGAAGGCUGGAGGUGCAUACGCGCCAGUCGACCCGUCCGCACCAGAUGCCUACAAGGCAAUGCUGCUCGACCAAAUAGCCGCUGACACCAAGGGCAGUAUUGUGCUUGCGUCGGAAGGGCAGUCGGAAUCCAUCAAGAAACUUGUCCGUCCGGGAACCCAGGUGUUGACCAUCACAAAGUCCAUGAUAUCUAGCCUCCCCUCGUCACCAGACGGGCUGAACAUGGCAACACCGGGCUCAGCCGCCUACGUCUUAUUCACGUCGGGAAGCACGGGUGUUUCCAAGGGGGUCGUCAUGGAGCACCGUUCCGCAUGCACGAGCAUCCUCGCCCACGGCGCCAAGUGCAAGUUCAGCCCGUCGACCCGUGCCCUGCAGUUCGCCGCAUUUACCUUCGACGCCUCCAUCAUGGAGGUCUGGACCACCCUUGCAUUCGGAGGCUGCAUCUGCAUGCCCUCGGAGUCUCAGAGGGUCGAUAACCUGGAGCAGUACAUGCAGGACUCACGGGUCACCUGGGCCUUCCUGACACCCACCGUCAGCAGCCUGGUGCGGAAGGACAAGGUGCCGUCCCUGAACAGCUUGGUCCUGGGCGGCGAGGCGCUCACAGAUGCCAACAUUCAGAAGUGGGCCGCAACUGCCAAGCACGAGCCUGGUAACUCCAGCCACGAACUGCAGUUGAUGAACGGCUACGGGCCAACAGAGUGCUGCGUCUUCACCUGCGUCAACGCCAACGUGACCCGCGCCUCGGACCCCCGCGACGUCGGCCGCGCCACCGGAGUGUCCGCCUGGGUCGUGGACCCAAACGACCACAACAGGCUGAUGCCCCUCACUUGCCCCGGGGAGCUCGUCAUAAUCGGGUCGACCCUCGCGCGCGGGUACCUCGGCGACGCAGCCAAGACGGAGCAGGCCUUUGUGUACCCGCGCUGGUCAGCAGCCGUCCUGGGGGGCAAGGCGAGGGCGUACCGCACGGGGGACCUGGCCUCCUGUGGCCUGGACGGGCAUAUCAUGAUACUCGGGCGCAUCGAUUCCCAGAUCAAGCUGAACGGGAUGAGAGUUGAGCUGGGCGAGAUCGAGAACGCGCUGCUCUCCUGCGUGUCUGACGUGGCAGCUCAGGUCGAGGUGAUGGUCGUCAACGAGCCCGAGCCGUCCGCGUCAUCCGAUGGAGGUGGUGUCGUGGCAUUUAUGGCGUUUGGGGGUGCUCAAAAGUCACUGGUUGACAUCCCUGCCGUCGUAGGGAAAUUGUCUUCGCAAAUGGCCGCUCGUCUGCCGAAGUAUAUGAUUCCGAAUGACUUCAUUGCCGUCUCGCGGUUUCCGACCACAACAGCGGGCAAGGUCGAUCGUCGCGCACUGCGCCAGCUCAUCAAAGAUCCCGAAAAUUCCGCCUGCCAGAUCAACAUCAUCCACCGGGAGACGUCUGUCUCGGCAAGAACCAGCACCAAGACACAGGCCGGGGAUGAUGGUAUCCAAGACGCACGCGAGCUGGCCCUGCGCGAUCUGUGGGCCGAGACUCUCCGCAUCGAGGACUCAGGUGCCAUCACGAGACACGAUGACUUCUUCAUGCUGGGAGGGGAGAGCAUCCGGGCCAUCCGGCUGGUUGCAGCUGCGAGAGAGCGGUAUGGCAUGUUCUUGACUGUGGAUCGAAUUUUCCGGCACCCUGUCCUGGCGGAUAUGGCGGCGCAAAUGAGCGAAAUUGUGGAGUUGGACGGAGGGGUACAAGAUGAGCCGUUUGAUUUGCUGGAUGAUGGAUGGUGA